UGGUUCUGAAGCUCGGCUGCAGCCCGUACCUGCCGACCUACCGUCUCCGGGCGCCAGGGAAGAGGGCUGAGAGCCCGGAAACCAGAGCGGGGCAGGAGUCAGCGUUCUGAGCAUGUGCGAGCAAGCCAGGAGGCUAGGGCGGAUUCGGGGGGCCGACUUCGGGUCGUCGCCGUAAGCACAAAGCGAGAGUGCGGUGAGAGCCGGGGCAGGCAGCACUCUCCUGAGCCGUGCCCCCGCGCCUAGGGCGCAGCCCUGCCCUCCGGGCGUGGGCGAGUUGGCCGCGUGUGUGCCUCGCUGCUUGACGCGAAGACUAGCCAAUCAGGGCAGGCGGCCCGAGCUGCCAUGUGACGGGCGAGGCGGCCCCUUUUCCCAGCGCGGCCAGAGGGAGGAGAGAACUGGGGCUCGCCGCGAGCCUUCGAGAGCAGCGGCUGCGGAGGAGGCGGCUGCGAGCAGGAGCGGCGGCGGCACAGGCUCGGGGCCAGCCGGGCGCGCAUCCCUGGACGCCCUGCGCGGUGGAGAGCUCGGCGGGCUGCGGGUGCCGCAGGACAGGAGUGGACAAAGCAAGAUGGCAGGGAUCUUAGCCUGGUUCUGGAACGAGAGGUUUUGGCUCCCGCACAAUGUCACCUGGGCGGACCUGAAGAACACGGAUGAGGCCACCUUCCCGCAGGCUGAGGACCUCUACCUCGCUUUUCCCCUGGCCUUCUGCAUCUUCAUGGUGCGGCUCAUCUUCGAGAGAUUUGUAGCCAAACCAUGUGCCAUAGCCCUCAACAUUCAGGCCAAUGGACCACAAAUUGCCCCGCCCAACGCCAUUCUGGAAAAGGUCUUCACUGCAAUUACAAAGCAUCCUGAUGAAAAGAGAUUGGAAGGCCUCUCCAAGCAACUGGACUGGGAUGUUCGAAGCAUUCAGCGCUGGUUUCGCCAAAGACGCAAUCAGGAGAAGCCAAGCACGCUGACAAGGUUCUGUGAGAGCAUGUGGAGAUUUUCAUUUUACCUUUAUGUAUUUACCUAUGGAGUCAGAUUCCUGAAAAAGACCCCCUGGUUGUGGAAUACGAGGCACUGCUGGUACAACUACCCCUAUCAGCCACUCACAACUGACCUUCACUACUAUUACAUCUUGGAGCUGUCAUUUUAUUGGUCUUUAAUGUUUUCACAGUUCACUGAUAUCAAAAGAAAGGACUUCGGCAUUAUGUUCCUGCACCACCUUGUGUCUAUUUUCUUGAUUACCUUUUCAUAUGUCAACAAUAUGGCUCGAGUAGGAACCCUGGUCCUUUGUCUUCAUGAUUCGGCGGAUGCUCUUCUGGAGGCUGCCAAAAUGGCAAAUUACGCCAAGUUUCAGAAAAUGUGCGAUCUCCUGUUUCUUAUGUUUGCCAUGGUUUUUAUCACCACACGACUGGGUAUAUUUCCUCUCUGGGUGUUAAAUACCACAUUAUUCGAAAGCUGGGAGAUCGUUGGACCUUACCCUUCCUGGUGGGUUUUUAACCUACUGCUCUUGCUAGUACAAGGGUUGAACUGCUUCUGGUCUUACUUGAUUGUGAAAAUAGCUUGCAAAGCUGUUUCAAGAGGCAAGGCUGGGAAGUGGAACCCUUUACAUGUAUCCAAGGAUGAUCGAAGUGAUAUUGAGUCUAGCUCAGAUGAUGAGGACUCAGAACCUCCAGGGAAGAAUCCCCACACUGCGACAACCACCAAUGGCACCAGUGGCACCAACGGGUAUCUCCUGACUGGCUCCUGCUCCAUGGAUGAUUAAUUACUCAAAACUACAAGUCCCAAGAAAAGUGAACUAUUUGUUCCUGGAAGUAUUUAAUAAGUUGCAAAUGCAGUUCCUUUCAUAAUAUCUCAGCACCAGAAACAAAAAUUAAGAUUAUCAAAGCAUUCUGAAUAGUGCACUGCCAUGUGUCCUGUCUGUGAAUGAAGAAUUAUCAUUCUCUCCAUGUAGGCAUGCUGUAUGUAAUUGACACAGGGAACAGUAUUUGCAUUUGUACUGUCUUAGAAUAUUAUUUAUUUUUUGUAUUUGUAAAUCUGUGGACAAAAGAGGGUUUCCUCACUCCUUUUACUCACUGGGCUCAUGACAGUGAAGGAGAUGCUCCAUCUGCUUCUCCCCCUUUCUCUUGCUGUAGUCCAAUGUGCUAUGAGCAUCAGCUUACUUUGUCACUUAAAGCAAGGAAAACCCAGUGCAAGAUUCUUGUUCAGCUCUAAAUAGGUUUGCUUUGUGCUACAGUGCCCAUUUUGAAAUUGCCUAUACAGUCUCAGUGACCAUUUAAACCCGAUGAACUAGGUGUUUAAUUUUCACUCUUCAAGGUCGAUUAGCAGUUCAAAUUAAAGAGGAUCGUUAUUGGAGGACUUUUUGAAUGGUUUUUAUAUUGCUUUGAAAUAGAUUUCAUUUCUUGUGCACACAGCCAAGAUUUCUUCAGUGGGUGUGAUAGCUAGUUGAGGGUUAACCUUGUAGGUUACAGUGUGUUUGUUUUUCUCUAUGAUGAGGUCAGUGCUCUGAUUCUGAAGGAGGAUUUUCACUGAAGGUUAAGUUAUAAACAAGGAAAUCACUGUUAAGAAUGGGAAUUCGUCCUGUGUUCUGGGGAUAACAAAGAGAGCAACUGAUCUCAGCCAUUUUGUCACUACCUAGAAUUAGUGCAGUUUUCUGUCAUGUUAUAAAAGAAAGAAGCUAAGUAUAUUUGGGGACAAAAAAAUCUUUCAAGAGUUGAUAAAGAUUACCUCUCCAGUGCAAAGCACUUUAAUGCAACCAGCUUUCAAGCAAAAGCCCUUUCUAGUACUUGAUGUUAAUGUUUUUAUUUUGCUGAGCAAAAUAAAGCCAAUGGGAGAAAGUCUAUUUUACCCUUUGCUUUUCUCAAAUGUAAUGCAGAUGACUUUCCUGUUACUAGACACUGAGCAGCAUUAUGCUCCAAUGCUUUUUUGAAGACUUGUUUGGUUUCUAGGAGUUUUUCUCAAAUUGGGCUAUUUCUGGAAAAAUGAAAAAUUCGAUUGGACAAGGGCAAUAUCAACCAGGAAAAUUACUGAAGAAUACGUUUCCAUAAGUCUCCUACACAGCAGCAUCAUUUAUGUGCAGAUAAGAAAACCAUACGUAGGCCAAAGAUUUUAUCUCUUCUAACUUUUAGUAAGAGGAAAAAGGGAUUAUAAAUCCUUCAUAAAUCAAAAAGGCCAUCAACCUAAAACAGGAGUUCCAAACAAGAAUGCUGUUAUAUAAACGUGUGAAUCAGGGUGGUGAAGACAGCAGCAGAAAUACUAACGAGUGUGCAGAACUACCAGAGAGUGUAUAUCCUGCUCAGAACCAUUCACAUUUGAUUCUUUGAAAAAAUUAAAGCUCUGUGCCCACAAUUUACAACUGAAAAAAUUAAAGCUCUGUGCCCACAAUUUGCAACCUGUUGGUUAAUAGUUAAAAGAAUGCUCCCAAACAAAAAAUUAUUACUGUAGUAUAUCUUAUCCCACUUAUUUACAAAAUAUGUUUCUGUUAUGGUCCAUAGUAAUAAUUGAAGAGGCUGAGAAAUCCAUCUGCGUGUUGAGAAAACGAUGCAAAUAAUUCUGCUUGUAGAGCCCAGAUAUUUUAUUUCACAACACAGACAUAUGUCUAGGAGUGUAAUUUGUGGGUGGCUGAGUUUGUAAAAACAAUCAUAGAAGUACUUGUCAUCAGAACAUCUGCUAAAAUGCAGGUAUAUAUAUAAAAAAGUAGCUGAAAUUUUUGAGAAGGUGAAAGUUUGGUAAUUAAAACAUGAACGUAUUUAGCUUGCUUUAGUGUCUGGAGCAAGUCCUCUCAAUGGGUAAAAUUAACUUUAGGGAUCCACAGUGUUGGGGUUUAGAUUAUAUGACACUUGAGCACAGAAGAAUUUCAGAGAGAUCAGCUUGUAAACGAAAGGUUUACAAGAAUUGCACAAAAUGAGGUAAAUUGGAUCUGUCAUUACCAAAGACAAAUCUAAAUAAUUAGGCCCCCCCCCCACCGCCCCCCCAAGAAGUUCUGUAGAAGGAGAACUGGGACCACCUGGAGCCUCUCUAACUGAUGACAUUAACUUAACACAGUCCUGUAUGUUAUCUAUAGGUUUUUAUUUCAUUUUGCAUUUUAGGGCAGAGUUCUUUUGGGCUAAUUAAAAUGGAGUUUGCAGGCUUUCAUGGUAUAGAAUAAUAUAUCUCUGUCUGUAGCUUUCUUGUGGUAGCCUGAUAAGGCUGAGAGAGAAAAAUACGUGCAGUAUUUCAUCCUCCCUGUGCCAGGCCAUAGUUUUGAAGUGUAUUUUGUAAAUUCAACUAUAGGUUAGUGAGAGUGUGGUUUCUUGUUGAUCAACUUAGCCUGUGUUGAUAUCUCCUUCUUCCUGGUCACCUUCAAACCUUCCCAGGGCACAAAGGAUUAUGUAGAAAGGAUUCUAGAAUAAGUAAUACUUUAUCCUCCAAUGUGAAUAGCUUUUCUGGAUCUCUUGGUGGGGGGAAAGUAGAAAAUUGAGUAGAAUUUGGCCUCAGGUCAAUAAAUGAUAUCAAAAUAUGUGUUCUAUGUAUGUAUAUGUAUGUUUCUUCAAAAAGUGAUAAAAGCAAAAAUAUCACUGACUUAUCCUUACCAAUAUUCUUUUCAUAAAACCCAUUCCCCCAGGUACAAUAGAAGCUUCCUCCUUGUUUGUCAGCCUCCUGGUCAUGCUCCCCACACACCUGAAGGUGGUAGAAUCUUAGCCUCUUACCAGAGAGCUAAAUAUGGCUAAGUGAAGGUUAAAGAGCACUUAAGAUCAACAUAUAAGCCAACUGAAGUUCACCUUUCCAAAUUUGGCCCUGUGGAUGUUGAGCACAGGGAAGCAACUAUCAGAAUUUUGGAUUAUUCAAGUGUAUGUGGUAAAAAUGCAAAUGAUUGCUGCUUUACCCCAGGAUUUUAUUAGCAUCCUACUUCUGUUGGGCUGCCAGAGAGAUGGCUUUCUGAGGUCUCAUCACAUAAUCUGGUCCAGGUAAACAAGGCAGAAAGGGUAGGCAAGAAGCAAGAUAAAAUCAGAUCAUCUUGGAUCAGAAUGGUGGGUGAACCUCCACAUGUCCGGUUCUGUUGCCAAACUUUCCAUUCUGAGUAUUUGAUGGAGUUUGAAUUUGAGCAAACUUAAUGCCUUCAUCUUAGGUAGAAAGGGCCUGAAUCUUCCACUUUGUAUUCAAACCUCAUUGUUAUUUAGCCUAAGUAAAAAGUGAGAUUGCAUUUCCAUUUACCUGAGUUCGCUUUAAAGAGCCCUUCAAAGACAGCUUUAUAGACACCCACGAUUAACCCCAAUCUCUUCAUGAUGUUGCAUUAAUAGUUGUUUUUUCCCUUUCUUGGAAACAUUAAUGCCAAAGUUGCCUGAACAUUUGAGCAUUUUUCAUAAUUUGAAGUAUAAAAAUUAUAAAGAAUAACUCCAAAGGUAUUAAAAGAUUGUUUAUCAGUAUGUUUCAUGAUGUCAUUAUCUCCAGAGAGGCUUUGGAAAUAAAAAAAGGUUAAAUGUUUACAUUUCAUGUGCUAUUUGAGGUCUUCGGGUUCUGAUUAGCUUACUUUUUUUUCUUUUGCCUUUGGCUGAUUUCUGCUUUGUAGAUAAAUAAUAGCCCUGAAAUGUUUCUUACAUUCAAAUAGGAAAAAAAUCAAAUUGAAAUCAGCCUGCUGGAAAAGUGAUCACAUUGUUCUUCCAGCAACUUGUAUGGAAAGAGAAACUGCAGUGAGCCCCAGUUACUCCACUAGCCACUAGCAUACUGUCCGUGGAAGGAAUAAUCAUCAACAGUUCCAUCAUCACAAGCCACCCUUGAAGGAAACGCAGCAAAAUAUUCUUAAAUGAAGAUAUUGCAGCCCCCAGAGACAGUGAAGGUUUCUUUUGGCAAAUGAAAUUGUGCCAUUCUCAAAUUACCCCAUAGUGAUGAGCUGACUGGUUCACUGACCUCAUUUUAGUUCUUCAUAGUUUGGGGCCAGAAAACUGGUUCAGGGGCCAGAAAAGGGCUCUGUGGUUUGCCUUUGUGUGCACUGUCCCCUCUCUACCCCUAGGGGGCACUCAGUAGCUGCUGAGAAGGCCUGUCCACGCUGCUGUUGGAACCCCUCUAAUAAAUACUUAGAGGUAGCGUUUACUGAUGCUUGUUUAAUGAAGAAAUUGUAUUGGAGAACAUACAGCAUCAUGAAUAUUUUUAAUAGGAUCCACAGACACCCAAAGGAGAAGCUUAGUAUUUUCCAGGUAUUUUCACCUUGAGUUCAACCCAAAGCCUUUGAAAGGAAUGCAUUACCACAUGGCCACAUGCUAAGACCCCACAAGACCUAAGAAGGUCUCUGCAGCCAGAUAGUACAUGGUAUCUCCACAAAACUAGGCAUUCUGGAGAUUGCCCAGAAAGGGAUGCGAGGGGACAGUGUCUCUGUCUUGCUUAUCUCAUUCACUCAUAUUCCUUUCAGCUUCCUGGAACUCCUGAUAAAAGGAAGCUGGGUAUUGACAUUUUUUAGCUAUUGAUUUCCCAAUAGCUUGUGGAUCAGUUGCAUAUCCACACUUCCUUCUCUGCCUAAUUCUGUUUUUCUGGAAAAAAAAAAAGUAUUAUGCCCAUAUAUAUGUGUUUUCUUAACACAGGUUCGUGAAAGUUUGGCUUCAUAGUCUGGUGUCUGUUGCAUGGCCUAGAAACUAGGGAGAAACAACUAUUGAGAUGGUUUCUGUGUUCAGUGAAAAAUUCUAUUUUGUUGAGACAUUUUUUUCUUUAUUACCCACAGAAAUUUUUUUAAACUACCAUCAUGAAACUACCCUUAAAAAAAUAAGAUUAGCUGCAAAAAAAGAAAUUAGCUAUGGAAUAGGAACAGUUACGUGAUGAUUCUGGAACUUUAACUUAGAGCUUCAUUAAUUUAAGAGUGGAAAACAACCUCUGAGCUUGAUUUCCCAAAGUUUCAUAAAGGCCCUAAGCUCAUGAUUUUCAUCAAUUCUUUGCCCACAUAAUCAUUUACCUCCAUAGACAUUUGUUGUCAUAGAAGGGGUGGUGAUGUUUGGAUUUGGUUUUUUUCAACUUGCAGUGAGAAAUAGGAUAGUCAACAAAACCUUACUUGUUUUCUUAAGACAAUUCAGUGCUUGAGCAUCUCUGUCAGAAAUGGAAUGAAAUACUGUUAGCCAAUUAGAAUUAUUUUGUGUAUUGUUAUUGUGUUUUACUGAUUUUUAUAUGAAAACAAGUAUUCAUUCUUGAUUUCUGGAAGCAAUCACUAUUAUGAGGAUCAUUUUACUUUGGAAACACUUUCAUAAUAAAGAUAAGUAUUAAGA